AUGCUCACUCGAUGUAUGCUGCUGCUGAUCGUCUGCGUGCAACUCGUCUCAGCCAUCAAAUUCGACUUGACGGCAGAGCACUCGGCUCCGGUCAAGUGUAUAUGGAACUAUGCCCUGUCCGACACUUUGGUCAUUGUUACCAUCAACACCAAGCCCAACGAUGUUGGAAGCGAAGCGGAUCAGAGAGUGGACGUGGAAGUGGUGGAUGGCAGCAAACACAACAACGUCUACCUGUCCAAGAAGGGAAUUGGUAAAAAGGAGACUAGGAUGGCCAUCAAUACCCACACGCACGCUGAUCUGGGUGUAUGCUUCAAAAACACCUUGCGGAAAGGAGCAUCAGCGCACCCAAUCAAGUCCACCAUGAUCGACCUCGAUGUGGACAUUGGCGCCGAUGCGGUGGACUACAAUGCCAUUGCCAAUCAAGAGUCUCUCUCAGGACUGGAAACUGAGAUGAGGAAGCUGGAGGCUGUUGCGGGCGAGAUCGUCAACGAGAUGGACUACCUCAAGAAGAGAGAAGGCAAGAUGCGGGAUACGAAUGAGUCGACAAAUAGCAGAGUGGAAAAUUUCGCGUGGAUCACAAUUGUCGCUCUCAUAGGCCUCGGCUCGUGGCAGAUCAUUUACUUGCGAAGCUUCUUCAAGCGGCUCUAUUUGAUCGAUUGA